UUUCGCCUGGGGAAAAAAAAAAAAAAAAGAAAAAAAAGCCGUUUUCUCCUCCAUCCCGGGCAGGAAAGCGCCCGAUCCCACCGCGACACCGGAGCGGGUGGUGGCAGAGCAGGACCCCGCCAUGGACCCCGCGCCUGGUGUGGAUCCCGCCGGUCACAAAGGAGAGGGAAGAAGGACCCACCCAGCGAUGGUUUAUUUAACACCCGUCUCCCUGGCUGCCUCCGCCGGGUCAGGAGGCUCUGCCGGGGAAAAUCCCCCCUGGAAAAAGCUCAGCUGCUGAGGCAGCAUCCCUGUGGCGUCUUCUGGACCAUCGGCGCUGGGAAUACGAUUCACCGGGGACGAGGCAUCGUGGUCCCCGAGAUCUCCUGGGCAGCACGGCUGGGUAUCCACCGGAGCGGCCGCCGGCUCCAGCCGGGGACGAGCGAGCUGUGCCGCCUCUCCGGCUCGGUCCCCGGCAGAAAUGAGGUGUUGCCGGUGCCAGCAGCUCAGCCCCAGCGUCCCGAUCCAGCUCCGGGGAGAGCCGUCACAUCGUGGAGAUUUAAUGGCUGGAGAGGCAGGGCCUGGACGCAGCGAGCCGGCGGCGGCACGGCACGGCACGGCUCGCUGCAGGGCACGGCUGCAACCGGGGCUCGGCUCCGGCCCUGCGGGGUAUUUCCGAGGACAGGCAGUGGCAAAGUUUUCCAGCCGUGCUUGGUGUUUGCCAAGGGAUGAAUUCAUUGGCAGUGGUGGUUAGCCCGGCUCUGGUUGUCAGGAUCUCCGUAGGGAGGAUUUUGAUGCGUAUUUAUGUGGCACGGGGCGGCAACGCCCGCAGGGAAGCCCGGACCAUGCUGGCCUGCCUGCAGAGGACCCAGAACCCCCCAGCCCAGCACCUCCCCUGCCCCAACAAGGCACUGGAGCCACGCAAGUGCGAGACAGCCCCCAUGCAUUCCCCGCGCUACCCCAGCCCCGCCGAGCUGGACGCCUACGCACAGAAGGUGGCCAACAGCCCGCUGACCAUCAAGAUCUUCCCCACCAACAUCAGGGUCCCCCAGCACAAGCACCUUAACCGGACGGUGAACGGCUACGACACCACGGGGCAGAGGUACAGCCCCUACCCCCUGCACGCCGGCGGCUACCAGGGGCUGCUGGCCAUCGUCAAAGCCUCCGGCAAAAGCGUGGUGAAGAACUCGGAGGGGAAGCGGACUAAGCUCUCGCCCGCCCAGGUGGGCGUCGCUCCCUACCCCGCCUCAAGCACUUUAGCUCAAGGUCCCUCCUGCGCCGGGCAGCUGAGCUACCACGGCGGCCAGAAGCAGCUGGAGGGUCCCGUGCCCCCCAACGUGACGGUGGCGGCCUCGGUGCUGCCGCUGGCGGGCAGGAGCCUGGCCCUGCCGCCCUCCAACCUGCCCUCCAUCCAGAGCAUCAUCUACCAGAUCAAUCAGCAGUGCCAGGCGCAGGGUGCCCAGCCCGGCUGCCCGGCCGUCGUGGCCGCCCACCCCAGCCCCGCCAAGCACGGCGCCUUCGGCCCCGGCUACGGCGGCACCGUCCUGCCCGAGUGCCGCAAGGGCGCCGAGCUGCCGCUGGGCUCCAACCCGGCCGCCGCCCUGGGACCCAAGGCGGGCGUUUACCCCGAGGGCAUGGACUACCUGGUGUGGCAGCAGAAGCAGCAGCAGCAGCACCUGCGAAUGUACAGCGGGGGCAGCGGCGGCGGGGGGGCUCUCAGCAAGUCCCCCGAGACGUGCGCGGGCGCCUCGCGGCCCUACGGCCUGGGCGGCGCCGCCGACAAGGUGAGCUCGUCCCCCUUGAACUGCAUGCACGGCAACUUCGCGGUGGGGCAGUACUUCGCUCCCCCCUGGAACAGCAUCCUGGUGACCCCCAACAGCGACUGUUACAACCCGCCGGAGCUGGGGGCCGCGCCCCGCGAGCUGGGGGUGCCCCCGGCCGAGGGGCUGCCCAGCAAGACCCUCUGCAAUACCUCCAUCCUCAGCAGCAGCCUCCAGUCCCUGGAGUAUCUCAUCAACGACAUCCACCCGCCCUGCAUCAAGGAGCAGAUGCUGGGCAAGGGCUACGAGACCGUGUCUGUGCCAAGGCUCUUGGACCACCAGCACGCCCACAUCCGCCUGCCCGUCUACAGAUAAGGGACCGAUGCUGCUCUUCCCAAACCCAGGGCGAGGACUUUGGCGCGAGCUGCGGGUAGCGGACCGCGGCAGCGAGGGCGGGGGACGGGGAGGGGGACGCGGGGUCGGCUGCCGGAAGGGCUCCCGGGACGCUGGCAUUGCACCGGGGUCCCCAGACUGGACACACCCGCGACCCGCUGGAAGCCGAGGCCGAAGGACCGCUUGUCUAUAUAGCUCAGAAAUCAUUUUAUCUCCACGAAUGUGAACAGGGAAUUGCUACGAGUUGCUGCUAUCCAGGGAGGGGAGGCUCUGCUGUGCUGGCGGUGCCCAGAGCGGGGCAGAGCCCGGUGCCGUGGCCGGCCGGGAGGCUCCAGGGUGGGUCCCAGCCCGGUGUGUGGCUCCGUGGUGGCCAGUGCUGACCUGGCAGCUGUCCAGGAGGCUCCACAGUGGCCGGUCCUGGCACGGCAGUGGCCGGGAGGCUCCGUAGUGGCCAGUGCCAGCCUAGUGGUGGCCGGUGCCAGCCCGGCGUGUGGCCGGUGCGUGGCCGCAGGGAGCUGGCGCCUGACCUGUAGCUGAAGUCCGUAACUUGCACUGCUUUGAUUAAAGCUAAUAACUGGGGACAGUCUGGAGGCUAUUUAAGAAAAAACACUUGAAAACUUGAACAGAUUUUUUUUUUUUUAAUUUUGUUUGGUUUGUUUGUUUUUUUUUUUUUAAGUUGACUAGGCUGUACAUCUACGUGUUGGCUGCUACAGAGUCUCCUCUCCCACCCCUCUUCCUCCUCAUCCUCCUCCUCUCGCCCGGCCCAACAGUGGCCACGGCUCCUAUUCCCACUCAGCCAGGAGGUUUGGGACCCCCUCAGCCCCUCUCUCCUGGGAACCCCCGGCUCUCACACUUCCAGGCUGUUUUAUUUCCCCCCUUACUGUCAGUUCUACCUUGGUUCUGGGUCACGGUACUGGGGCGCUCACAUACCUCCUUUUUUUUCUCUUUUUUUUUUUUUUUUUAAAGAAAAAAACCCAGACAAAUCCAAAAUUAUUACGGUCUGUUAUUCACUCUGUGUAAUACUGUGUUUAAUAGAUUUGUUCAUUUACAAAAGGCUCCUCACCAUGAAAUACAAAGUGUUUUGAUGUUUAAAGGUAAAAGAAGAAUAAUAUCCCGAUGAAACCCAAGGCGAUUGUGCUCGGAAAAGAGGUACUGUAUCCCUGAAAGCCUGUUCAAGCACUAAGUGCAUUUACAAAUCUCUGAGAAUGUUUUUUUUUUAUACUAAAAUUGACCAUUAUAUUCUACUGUGAGAAGUGCUGGCUGCACUAUAUUGUUUUAAAAAUGAGAAAACAAAAUGAAAAAAAAAGAAAAAAGAAAGAAAAAAAAAAAAAAACCAACACAAAACCCGCAAGCCGUGUGUCCGGAUGGUGUUUUUCCCAAAGUAAAACCAGGAUCUCGCUGGA